GCCGGGUUUUCCGGGCGACCCCGUCCAUGCUGGGUAUUGUCCGCGAGUGGCGGCCGCUCGCAGCUCCGCUCUGCUCGGCGAGCUCUUCCCCGACCGACGGCGGACAGGCGGCGAGUCCCAGCGCGGCAGCAGCGGGCGCCCGAGGCCCAGGCGCAGGCCCGCGGCGGGAGAUGGCGGAGCGCCGACUGCGGCUGUUGCUGGCGCUGGCGGCUCUGAGCGCGGCCCGGAGCUCAGAAUCUGUCAUCCGAAGAUUCACACCUUUUUACUUCACGGUGGAGCCAGCAGACACACUCGCGAUACGAGGGUCCUCAGUUAUACUGAACUGUUCGGUUUUCGCUGAACCCAGGGCCAGAAUUGAAUGGAGAAAAGAUGGAACAUUCCUAAAUCUGAUUUCAGAUGAACGCAGACAGAUACUUCCAGAAGGUUCACUGUUGAUACACAGCGUAGUACAUUCCAAACACCACAAACCUGAUGAGGGAUUUUAUCAAUGUGUUGCCACUAUUGAUAGCCUGGGAACCAUUGUGAGCAGGACUGCCAAGAUGACAGUAGCAGGUCUUCCUCGGUUCAGUGGUCAGCCUGAGGCUGUCUCUGUGUACCAAGGUGACACUGCCCUGCUCGGCUGUGAGGUGAAUGCUGAUCUUGUUCCAUUUGUGAGGUGGGAACAUAACCGACAGCUUAUGGUGUUGGAAGGCAGGUUCCUGAAACUCCCUAGUGGCACCUUGGAGAUCAGCAACGCCACUAACAGUGAUGCUGGACCUUAUCGCUGUUCUGUGGAAACCGCGGGUUCUUCCAAAACAAGUGAAGAGAUGGAGCUUACAGUUUUGCCAGAAAUGGGUGCAGAGCGAAAGCUGACAUUUCUCCAGCAACCUGUCUCCGUUAGUAAGGUGGCAGGCCAGUCAGUAAUAUUAUCAUGUGUGGUGUCUGGGUACCCAACACCCACCGUUCAGUGGGUCCACAAUGAUGAGAUCAUCUUGGAAAGGUCCCAAAGAAUGGCUUUGGUUGGUACUGGCAGUCUGCAGAUCAAUGAUAUCAUGGAAGAGGAUGCCGGGGUAUAUGAAUGUGUUGCAGAGUCCGGGAAUGAGACCAUCCAUGCUCAGGCAGAGCUUAGCGUUCAAGUCCCCCCUCACUUUCUGAAGCGACCUGUUAGCAUUUAUGCUCAUGAGUCCAUGGACAUUGUGUUUGAGUGUCAAGUGACGGGGACACCAAUGCCAACGGUAAAAUGGAUCAAGAAUGGAGACAUGGUGAUCCCGAGCGACUAUUUCAAGAUUGUUAAUGAGCGGAACCUGCAAGUUCUUGGUCUGGUGAAGUCUGACGAAGGUCUGUAUCAGUGCGUGGCAGAGAACAAUGUAGGGAACAAACAGGCCAGUGCCCAGCUCAUCAUCCUGGAGCACGAUGUUCCCAUCCCGACAUUUCCCCCCACCUCACUGACAAGUGCCACUGCUGACCAUCUAGCGACUGCCACUGCUGGACUCCUGCCCUCUGCCCCACGUGAUGUGGUGGCACUCCUCGUCUCUACCCGCUUCAUCAAGCUGACGUGGCGCCCGCCCGCAGAGCCUAAUGCAGAGAUCCUCGCCUACUCCGUGUACUAUGCCAAGGACGGUGCCAACAGGGAACGUGUGGAAAACACAAGUCGACCGGGUGAUCUGGAAGUGACGAUUGGAGACCUGAUGCCAGAUGUGAAGUAUGUGUUCCGAGUGGUUGCUCACAAUAAGCAUGGAGCAGGAGAGAGCUCUGCUCCUUUCAAAGUGGCCACCCAACCCGAAGUUCAAGUCCCCGGACCUGCCCAAAAUCUGAUUGCACAAGCAAACUCACCCACCUCAAUCACAGUCACGUGGCAGGAGCCUCAGUCAGAAAAUGGCCCAAUCGUGAACUACAAACUCUACUACAUGGAGAAAGGGGCAGGCAGUGAGCAGGAUGUGGAUGUUGGGAGUCUCUCUUACACCAUGAAUGGGCUGAAGAAAUUCACUGAGUACAGCUUCAGGGUGGUGGCAUACAACAAGCAUGGGCCCGGUGUCUCCACUGAGGAGGUCGUGGCCACCACCUAUUCUGGCGUCCCCAGUGCACCCCCACAGAACGUCACGCUAGAAGUCCGCAAUUCCAAGAGCAUUGUAGUGCACUGGCAACCACCUCCUCCAGGGACACACAACGGGGUGAUCACUGGUUAUAACAUUCGGUACAAAAAAGCAGGUCGCCGUGGGGAGACGGAUUCUACUGGCGGAAAUCAGCUUUCUCAGAUCAUAGAUGGGUUGGAGCGAAACACCGAGUACAGCUUCAGAGUUUCUGCAAUCACAGUCAACGGUACAGGACCCUCCUCAGACUGGGUGUCUGCUGAAACCUUUGAAAGUGACCUGGAUGAAUCACGGGUUCCAGACAAACCCAGCUCUCUCCACGUACGGCCUCUUAUUAACCACAUUGUUGUGAGUUGGACACCGCCUGAAAACCAGAACAUUGUUGUGAGGGGUUAUGCUAUUGGCUAUGGAAUUGGCAGCCCCCAUGCAGAAACCAUCCGCGUCGACUACAAACAACGUUACUACACCAUCGAGAACCUGGAGCCUAACUCGCACUAUGUGAUCACACUUAAAGCAUACAACAAGAUCGGUGAAGGAAUCCCUCUGUAUGAGAGCACAGCCACCAGGCCACUAACUGACCCUUUUGACCCUUCAGAAGUUUAUUUAUUUGAUCUUUUCAAUAAUCCAUACACUCCAGUACCAGACCCCAGCCCCAUGAUGCCCCCUGUUGGAGUGCAGGCCACUGUGCUUACCCACGACACCAUCCGAGUCACCUGGGCUGACAGCUCGCUGCCCAAGAACCAGAAGAUCACUGAUGCGCGUUACUACACAGUGCACUGGAAAACCAACUACCCUGCCAACACCAAGUACAAGACUGCAGACACCACCACAUUGAGUUAUAUUGUCUCAGGGCUGAAGCCAAACACACUCUAUGAAUUCUCUGUGAAGGUCACAAAGGGUCGGAGGUCAAGUACCUGGAGUAUGACGGCACAUGGAACAACAUUUGAAACUGUGCCAACAUCUCCUCCCAAGGAUCUAACUGUGGUCAGCAAGGAAGGCAAGCCAAGAACCAUCAUCGUAAACUGGCAGCCACCGUCAGAAGCCAAUGGAAAGAUAACAGGUUACAUCAUCUAUUACAGCACAGACAUUAAAGCAGAGAUUCAUGACUGGGUAAUAGAACCAGUUGUUGGAGACAGACUGACUCACCAGAUCCAGGACCUUACACUUGAUACUACGUACUACUUCAAAAUCCAGGCCCGCAAUUCCAAAGGCAUGGGCCCUUUGUCGGAGUUUGUCCAGUUCCGCACACCUAAAGCUGAGUCAUCAGACAAAAUGGCUCAUGAUCAAGCACCCGGAUCAUCUGGUAAAGUUGGGAAGAAUCCCCCACUGAUGGACUCGGGUACUGACACCAGGCAUUCCAUUGGUGGUCACAACAGUCCUCACGGCAGCCCCACCUCCAGCCUGGACAGCAACAUAAUGCUGAUUAUCAUCAUUUCUGUGGGCGUCUUCACAAUCAUCAUGGUGGUGGUCAUUGCUCUGAUCUGCACACGAAGAACCAACUAUCAGCAGAAAAAGAAGCGAGCUGCCUGUAAGUCUGCCAACGGAUCUCACAAGUACAAAGGCAAUUCGAAGGACGUGAAGCCUCCUGACCUUUGGAUUCACCACGAGCGCCUGGAGCUGAAACCAAAUGACAAGUCACCAGAUCCUAACCCUGUCAUGACAGAUACCCCUAUUCCCCGCAAUUCCCAAGAUAUCACUCCUGUUGAGAGCUCCAUGGACAAAGACCACCAGCGCAGGAAUUCCUACCUGGGCCGUGAACUGGAGGAUGGCGUGUCUUCCCUGAGUGGUCGGCGUGGACUACGGCCAAAGAUUAUGAUGCCUUUUGAUGCUCAGCCUCCACAGCCUGUGAUUAGUGCCCAUCCCAUCCAUUCACUCGACAACCCUCAUCAUCAUCACCACUGUGACGGGCCUUCAUCCCCAACCCGCAGCUAUCUCCGUCACCAGAUCAGCAGCCGGCCGCUUGGCUCUUCGUUAGACAGGGCCAACUCCACAGAAUCUGUACGAAACACACCCAAUAGUGACAUGUCACCAGCACUGAGCUCCCAGACCCACACUGUGGAGAACCUGGAGACGGAUGUGCCACCAGUGUCGUAUCUGCCAGGGUCACAGGAGGAGGAGUCUAACCGCAGCGUGCCAACAGCCCACGUGCGCCCAUCCCACCCGCUGAAAAGUUUUGCGGUAAUUGCCAUCCCUCCUGCCAGCACCAACUAUGAUGCUGCCUCGUCCAGUACACCAUUACUGGCCCAGACAGGGGCAAACCCUCAAGUACACUCAGUGAAGACGGCAUCAAUAGGAACCCUGGGGAGAAGCAGGUCCCCGAUGGCAGUGACUGUGCCCAGUGCACCAGAUGUUGCAGAAUCCACCAAAAUGCUGGAGGACUCUGAUUCUAAUUAUGGCCCAGAUGAACUGACUGAAGAGAUGGCUCACCUCACAGGGUUGAUGAAGGAUCUCAAUGUUAUCACCACAGCAUAGAUCAGAGUACCAUCAACUACUCAAACUGAAACCAGAGCAGGUCUGCACAAGUACACAAGACACUCAGAGGGUCGACUGCAACAUAACGUGAUGUGUUAAGUCUCGUGGAAACUGCCUUUGUCACAAUUUCAGUCCAGUGGAUGCAGCCUUGUGGAUAUCAUGUAAAUCCAAUCAAGGCCUCGGAAUCUGAUGACCCUCAGCUCUGACAGACUUCUGCUGGUUUGGAAAUGUACUGGAGGUACCGAUAUAGUGUUCGACAUUCGAUAUCGUCUAUUUACUGCGUGUUAACGUUUUCUGUGUUAUAAAGAGAAUGUUGAAUUGUUACUUUGGUAUCCAGGUGUGACAUUUGACUGCCUCACCGUCAGCUGAUGUGAGAUGCAUCAAUUAAUAACAUGGCCAUUUCUUGCUUCCUCUGCAUUACACAGUGCCAAGGCACACAGACUCUGCAACCUUCUGACAAAACUGCCAAGUUAUCCGCGUUCAUCACUGUGAUCUUUUAGCAAUUCCUGCUGGACUUGGCAAGUUAGCUGAUUAAAGCACAAUUAGAAAGAUGGAACCAGCAAGAUCUAUCCACAAAGAACUCAGAAAGAGGCUUGGCAAGACUCAAAGCACAUUGGUUUAAACAAACGUGUGCAGCAACUGACAUUUUAUAUGAAGACUGUCUUUAUGUAUUCUACUGGAAAAUCAUUUAGCCAUAAGGAAAACGAUGUCCACCCUACCAGUGGAUUCUGGUUGCACCAUCUUUAUUAAACCCUAUCAAUGAGUUUUGAUUACAUAGCCAGCAUUAAACCCGAUCAUUAGACCCUCAAUGAUCGAGUUUGAUUUCCCUGCCCUCACUAAUUGUGUUGAGUGGGUAGGCUCCAGUUACAAAUCUGUAUUGAACUCAGUAAAUGGGUUGAGUUUACUGUACCCUCGGGACCUACUUGAAUUGGUCCCAAUUAGAUGGCUCUCAAAUCAAUCCCAUCAAUUGGGUUCUGAUUAGAUUACAUGUUAAAUCAUGUAGUGAGUUCAAUUACAGGAAGCUCCUUUCAUCUCAUUCACCCCACCCCACCUUCCCCAUAACAUCAUUGUAAUUGCUUCUACAGUCAUGGUUUUACUUUGUUUGUGAAUAUUGCUUCCUAUGUACAUCUCCAUGAAUGUUAAUAUAACUGUUUAAGGAAAUUUAUUGUAAUGAAUAUAACUGAACGAAGCUAUUGUGAAGAUUUAGAAAACAUCCCCCUGUUGUAGGCAGUAAGAUCUGUUUUGCACUUUUUCCAUCUUUUACAAGAAUUCUUUCCUUCUGGCCUGUGUUCACAAUUGGGAAACCUCUGUUGUAUCUGUAGUGUCUUCAUUAGCUAAAGCAACUUUCUGUUUUCCAAGGAUGCGGAAGGUGCAGAUUGUUUAUUAAUCACGAUUGUAGAAAUGAUGCAAACUACUGUAGUUUUAUGUACAAAGAACUUUGCUAGUAGCAUACUCGGUGGCUUUUUUUAAACUUCAUGUUCUAAUGUAAUAUUGGAAUUCCAAUACAUUUUGUAUUCAACCAAUAGGAAGAAGUGUGAAUGUAGACUUUUAUU